UGCUUUAUUCGAAAUGUCGGAGAGGCUGUCCCAAUAUACUGGGUACACUGAUAAAUCAGACCACUCUGUGUUUAGAACUGCACCACAUUCACACAAAGAAGACUUCACCGGGAGCCAGACUGCUUCGGAACCCGAGAGUGACAUCAAUGUGAUUGGAUGGCAUUGCGAGCAGUUGAACCCAUGUACUGUGGAAGUAGCGGUGGCUGCCUUCAGGACCCCAUCAGUUACAGAUGGCAGCCGACCUCCAAGCACUUUUAAUGAUGGUGGUAGUUCAACAUAUGGGAACCCUGUCAUUGAUUGGCCAGAUUACCGUUCAGGAACCAGUAAAGCUGGAUCCAUAGCAUACACAGAGACAAGGUCAAUGCCUGACUUAUAUUUUGAUGAAUACAGCUUCAAUGAUUGGCCUUGGGUUUGGAUUCGUGUGAGCUUGGUCGUGUUCAUCUUUGCCGGGAUCAUCGCUCUGAUUGGUGUCCUCAUAGGGGUUGGAAUCCUGGAGAGUGCAAAGUGUCACCCAAACUUACAAUGGUGGCAGGGUGGCGUCAUGUACCAUGUCAACCCUCGUGGAUUUUACGACUCUCAGAACCAAGAUGGUGUAGGGGAAUUAAAGGGUGUUGCAAACCAAAUGCAAUAUUUAUCUAACCUUGGCAUUGAAAUCAUUAGACUGUCUAAUCUCUACCAGAGAGAUGAUGAUGGUACUCCACUAAGUUUCGACAGCGUGGACAAUGUAAUAGGGAGAGGACAGGACUUGAAUGAAAUGGUCAGCGGCGCCCAUGAGAAAGGUAUCAGAGUUAUCAUGGACUUCAGGCCUCCAUAUACAAGUAUUGAGCAUAAAUGGUUCAAACAGAGUAUGGUGCAAAGUGACUUCUCGGGAAAUGAGUACAGUGCAUACUACUUUUGGAGGAAACAAGAUUCAUACUUUCAACCGGGAAGUGAUUGGUCCUACAAUGAAUACAGAAAUGCGUAUUAUCGUCACAUACCAAACGAACCCAACAAAGCUCUGCUGAACUUUGACAAAGUUUCGGUGAGGAAUAGAAUGAAGCAGGCUCUUGCAUACUGGUUGGAGAGAGGUAUAGAUGGAUUCUACUUUUUGGAGCUUGAGAAUAUGAUGUUCCAGGACCAGAGGCUCAACACUCCCAAAACAGAUUGGGUGAAACUAUUGACUAUCUUCAAAGAAUGGAAAGCUGGUGUAGAUGGAGAGAGUGAUACAGCAAAGAUCUUUGUGCUAAGUUCACUGUUCUUGGAUUCAGUGAGGAAUUCUGUUAUAAAAACAACUGUUACACCAGAUGACUUCUUGCCAUACAUACAACUUAUUGAUGUGCCACUCACUCUGACCUCUAUAGCAAAUGCCACUUACCCUCUCGUUGAUGAAAUCAAUAAAGGUCUAGCUUACCAUAGUUCCAAGGAUAAGCCUUGGAUCAGUUUCCACCUGGAGCCCUGGACAUAUAGCCCCUACCCUGCCCACCACCCAGCCAUGGUUCUCUUCCUACUUACCCUCCCUGGAACCCCUUGUCUCAUCAUGGGGGAUGAGGUUAACAUGACACGUCCAGUGGAAGAGAGAAUGCUGGCAUGGCCAUCCGGAGAAAUUACAAAUACAAAGCCGUUCAAUGAGAAUAGCCCAGAUGCCAAUGUUACAACAUACUCAGUCAUCAUCAACAAGCGUAAAGUCGAGUAUGCAUUGAAGACCGAAGGUUAUAGCAGUCUUGCAGGUUACGCAAAUGGAUUCUCAUUCCCUUAUGUAACACAUGAAAUUCUCACUAUUAAGCGGACAUUUCCACGAAAGCUGACAUAUUUUUCUGCAUUGAAUCUUCAACUGGAUUAUGAUCGAAAGCGUGAUUUUGUCAGUAUAACUGAAGAUGUUAUCUAUAUUUUGUCAGACUCUAAAGGGUUGUAUAAUGGCACAAAUCAAGAAAUGAGAGAGUUUGUUCUUAAACCUGGCCAGGGUAUAGUUGCCUCCUUUGAACCAUAGGUGUACCUUGAUAUAUACUUACAGUGAAACCUGGUACAUUGAACACCUGUUAAAGUGUUAGUUUAAAGGAUGGCAUUCAGUUAGAGUCUAAUGUCAAUAUUGAUCAUUGUGUCCUCUCAUCUAGCUUAUGUUACAAUUGUCAUACAAUCUACAAAUUAACACCUUUCAAGAUUCAGAAUCUGGCAGGAGGGAAAUUAAAACAUUUAAUCAACAUAUGAGCCUGGCCAUAGGAAAAC